AUGUCGAGCGCAAGUUCCAACCCCUAUUAUCAACCGAAGAGCGCUCAUCAGUUUGACGAGGUGCCCGGCGAUAGGAAGCCACCGCAAAGCUUUCACGCAUCAUCUUCUCGUGUUGAUCAAGUUGUUGAUCCAGCUAAUACAGACCCAGCGGAAGCUCAAAGUUCUGAACGAAAAGGACCGUUACCAAUUUUUGAACGACUGAUAGUGAAAGAAGCGCCGAAUAAGCCAUACAAGCCACUGCCGAGGAUGCGAUUUCAACCCAACUUGAGAUAUGAAAAUGUUAGACCGAGUGUGCAUCAUCUGACGAAAGAGUUAGAGGGCACCAAAUUUUUGACAUUCUUGCCGCACUCCGGAUUCCACAACCAAAGGAUCGAAAUGAAAAAUGCGUUCAAGUUGGCAAAAUUAUUGAAUCGCACGCUGAUCUUACCACCCUUCAGACUAGGACAUCCGUUACGCUGGGCCAACUCCACAUUGCUCAGUCACGCCUUAGAAGAGGACGAGAAGAAAUAUGAACGCUUAUCUGAAUGCUCAGCCCUCCAUUCUGCAAGUCGUCGAGGUCCUGUAGACGAAGAUAAAUCGAGUUUACUCGAAGAAUGCAAGUAUGAUUCUGACUGGACGACUGUACAAGUUGACUACAUCCUCAAUACCAAAGAGCUUUACAAGAAAGUGCCGAUCAUUGACCGGACUGACUUACGCGAGGCUUGGUUAUGGAACACCUUAAAGCUCUACCCCGGCGAGUGGCUGGAGGUGAAGGAUGAGUUUCGAUAUAGCUACCAAGUCUACGAAUCCACAACGGCUGCCUCUGUGGCUGAGUCGAAGUACACAUGGAGACUGAACAUCGACGACUUGGCCGACUUCAGUGAUACGAGACUCUUGAGCUUUGGGUCUCUCUUUGGUAGCGAACGGGUUGUACUAAGUAGUCCAGAAAUGCAGAAAUUUAAUCAGACGAUCGAGGACAAUCAAUUUUUAAAUCUACCUUUGCUAGAAAAGAUUUCUGAUCAAAUUGCUGACCGCUUGGGAGGAAGAGGAAAUUACAUCGGCUUACACCUCAGAGUAGCAAAUGCCUUCUUCAAAGUCCAGUCCCCACAGAUAAUACGAGAAACAUUCCAUAAAAUUUGCAAGGAGAUCUUGAAGCUAGACCAACGAAUAGUAGACGAUUUGAUUGCACGACACGAAUCAAAGGCAAUGCUGAAAGUUGCCUACGUCGAAGGCGGGCAGGAGCAUCUUGACUCCAACCUCAAAACCCUCAGCGACAAUCAUCAAGCCGAUUCUGGAAACGGAUUAAGCGAUCUCGAUUUCCCUGUGUACGGCAACAAAAAUCCUAAGUACGGCUCCAAGAAGACGGACCAAGAAGCUUCCGGAAGAGUCAGAAGGGGCCGAUUGGGUCCGGCGAGAACUAUGAGACGGGCGAGCACCGCGAUGGCGAUCAAUCGAAGACCCAAACCACGUUUCAAAUGCAAUGGAAAGUUGUAUGAUAAAGCGGAUAGACAACUCGAAAAGCUUAACGUACCGAUAUAUAUCUCAACAGACCUCCCUUCAAAAUCUGUCAAGACCCAAGAAGUCUUGAGUAUAAUUUUUGAUACUUUUCCUUGCGUUUUUUCGUCCAAAGAUAUCAAGGCUCUUACACCGAAAGACUCAAAAGAGGCGCUUAAAUCGAGCAACCGAGGGCUUGCUGGUCUCGACAAUUCAAGCCCGAAAACAUCGGCCCAAACUCGAACGAAACAUGACGCUCGAGAGGCUAUUUCUGGGAAGUUGGAUUUUUCACCAUAUCACGAUGGUCAACAUGAAGCAGGUCAUGGGGAAGAGGUGCAAGAAUUAUAUGAGUUCUCCCAGCUGAAGAGUAACCUCGACGGCGUGAAUCUUGAUAGGUUCCUAUUUCCGGUCUUGGAGUCGAUGAUUGUUUCUAAAGGCUCACACAUCAUUGGCACCCCGAGAAGCACGUUCAGUAGCUACGUCGAAAACGUCUUGCAUCCAGCCUAUCAGCGCUCCAGCAAGUCCCUGAGUUCUGAGAGCACAAUUGACCGUAAACACACAAAGCUCUCUUCUUGA